AUGGAAAAUAUUAACAAAGAUGCUAUGGUUGAGCCAUAUAUGUUUGAGCCAAUGCCGGAUGAAUUUGUAGAGAGUGAGAAUUCUGACUCAGAAAGUUCUUCGUCGAGCGAAGUAGAUGAUCAGAUAGACGAGGAGUUUGAAGCUAUGUAUAGUUGGCGUAAAACUUCACUCAGUUGGUAUAAAUGCGGCCAUUGUGAGUUGAUGGCAAAAACGAUUGAAUGCUUUUGCUGUCAUGAAAAAGCGGUUGAAUAUGACGAAUAUGAUGGCAAACUUAAUUCGGCACAGGAUGCAGGCUUGUCUUGCGUGACUGAACUUGCUGCCUUCAAUCAAAACAUAUCGGCAAGCGUCCUUGAAAUAGAUACUUGGCAGUAUAUUAAAGAAAGCAGUCCGUUAGGUGAUGACGAACUUGCAGUCAUACACAAAAUAUACCGUCACGUUGGGUAUCGAAGAUGUUCGAGAUGGAUUUUUCAUAAUCUUGGCAAGAAAUGUCGAAGGCCAUUUCCAUAUUGCAUGUACAAAUGCAUACGAGGGAAGUAUUGGUCAUCUGAUGCACUUUACACUCAUUUCAAAUAUGCCAAGUAA